AUGAACUUGAAGAAUUCUAAUGAGUUAACUGAAGUCAUCAGUACGCUAAGUAUUGCUGAAGAAGAUCCAAGGAAGCUGGAUGAAUUUGUUGAUCUACAUUGUGAAUGUAUUGGCACACUAAGGAAAUAUUUACUAGAGGGUAUAAAACAAUAUAUUUUUGGAGACCAAGAUGUAGAGAAGAGUAUUAUUACAUUUAGUGCAAUGCAAUCAGCACUUAGGGGCAUUUGUUGUUCAUAUGGUCAUGUUAUAUUUCCUAUAAAUGGGCUUGGACAAUUAUUUUAUAGGCUACUUUCACACUUUUUUGCAUUUAGAGUCCAAUUUAAGCUUGUGUACUUUUCAGAUUGUGAAUUUAUAGGGCAAGAUUAUACUAGCGAAUAUUUUAUAAAUGAAAUGAUGCUGAAUAAAAACUAUACUAGUUUAGUAUUACAAGAACUUGUUCUUUUAAAAAAGUGGUCUUCAUCUUUAUGCAUUAUAAUCAAACUUAUUUCAAGUGAAGAUGGCAAAAUAUUUGAGCUAUUUACUAAUGAAACUAUCCAAAAUAUAUAUAAACUAGCCAAAUUAAUAAAUGAGUCUAACUGUUCAACACAGAAAACAUAUGAUUGUAGUCAGAUCCAGGACUUGUAUUCCCAUUUACUAAACCAUCUUCGUAGUUACAUAGGUUGGCCUACUGGAUUGCAAAGUCCUAUUGCUAUUCGGGUACCUAAUGAUACUUUAAAAGUUUUAGUAUUACUUGGCUCUUUAUCAAUCCAAAUUUUAUCAAUAUUAUAUACUGAAGAAGCCGAAUCACAUACACGAUAUUGCUUUAUUGAAGCAUGGAUAUGUAUUCUUAAAAAUGUCAUGGUUUUAUACUCAAAUUACGAGUUGAUAGCUGUUUCUAUGCAUAUUCUAGAAAAUCUUACACUUAAUUAUAAGUUAUGGCCAUAUACAGGCAAUAUUAUGUUACUUAACCUAGAUAUCAAGCUAAUAGAGGAACUUUAUGCAAGUAGUAUUUUUGACUCACUAAGUAUAAAUAAUAUGUGGCUCCCUUCCUUUGAAAAGAAGACUUUAGUACCAUUUUUACAUUUAAUAGGUGAAUUUACUGUUUGGGCUCUUAACACCCUCAAAUGGCAAUUUCCAUUAAAGUUGGAUAUUUCACUAAUAAUUAACUCUGAAUAUAAUAAAACACCAAGUCUAAAAGUAGUAAAGGUACUUUUAAAGAUUAUAGAAAAGUGGCAAACAUUAUUUUUAUGGUCAGAAUUCUCACUCCUUGAUGGAUAUGUUGCAUUACUUACUUCUCGUCUCUAUUCCACUAUUAGCACUGAGUUAUCAGAUGAAAUUUCCAAUAUUAUUUUUACAAAGAUUCGAAAGGACUUACUGCCAGUACUUGACAAUUCCAAUAUAAAUAAUAAAUACUUACCAUCACGACUAAAGAUAAGAGCUUUAGAGAAUUUCCUAAUAAAGCUAGAUAUACCAAAGUUAACUAUGGACUUUGAGUUUUGUGAGGCAGAUACUCUUGUGCAGACACUAGGAACUACAGUCUGUGGUUUGCAUGAAAUGUAUACUUCCAAUAUAAGUAACCAUAGAAUCUAUUUCUUUAUUGCUCAUAUCCAAAUUGUACUUUCUAAAUAUUUUGACUGCGAAGCCUUGCUAGUAACACCCCCUGUAAUAUAUACUAAGUACCUUAUCAUACAUCUAACAUUAGAAAUGGCUCGCUUAUUAAUAAAAAAAGGAACUAAAAACUCUUUUGAGUUAGGGUUAUAUCUUAUGAACCAUUUUUGCAGAUUGUCUGAAACAGUUAUAAAUUUAAACAACCUUUCUAAUUGGACUUUAUCACAAUUAAUUAGCUUGGUAGAAAUAUCUAUUAGACUAAUAACUGUGCCACAGAAAGUUUCGAAACAAAUGCUGUUAUCAUUCAUUGAUAUUGUUAGCAUCAAGUGCACAUUUACCUCAUUUAUUAUAUGGAACUAUAUUUCAAAUGUUCUUUAUUUGUACUGCAUUGAAUCUGAAGAACUUGACAACGAUGUAACUGAUAAAUUACUUCUGAAAAUUGGUCAUCUUUCUGCUGAUGAAAGGCUUUCUCAGGCAGCUCUUUUCAACGUUCUUAAGCCCCUCUCAAUAUUACUUUUAGCAGAUCUAAACCAUAACACUAAGGAUAUGAUUAUUCAAGAGUUAAACAUGACUAGAACUACAUCUGUUAAAAAUACUUUUGAAGCUGAAUACCCCUUUGGUAGUAAUUAUGAUUCAUUAUCUGUAUUUCAUUAUCAGGAGGCAGAGUCUGAUUAUCCAAACACAAACUAUUUUCCUGUUGAACCGAAUUGUUGGAAUUGCAAAGAACAGAUUGAUAUGAUGGAUACUAUUUUAAAUAAAGAUGAAAUUUAUUAUUGUUCCAAAUGCUUGUCUCCCUUACCAACUUCCAUAGAUAUUGGACAAGUAGACGAUUCCAACAAUCUUGACAACUACUGGACAAUACAGAAGUUAGCCCUAUAUUACAAAAAAACUGGUUCCACUAAUAACGAACAUUCCAGUUUUUUAUUAACAAAAAUAUUAGAAUUGAUAGAUAAUGUGCCAUAUACAAGUUCGGAGUGGUUCUUUUCAUCUAUUGCUUCCAUUCUCUCAUUAAGCUCCGUAAAUUGUAACAUAUCAAUGAAAAUAAAGGUGGCUCUCUUAAUACAAGCCUCACUAAGUCACAACUUAAAGAUACCUAAGCUUUAUCAAAUUCAGCUUUUACGUCUACUGAAUAGCCCCACGUUUGUACUAAAUUUCUUGACUAAUGAGAGUGAAACAUUUAACAACAGGUUUUUAGCUAGUUACACUAAAAUGCCACCACCGAUUACAAUUAUAGCUGCUAUAGAUGAAUUAAGAGAUCCAAUUACCCUCUUCUAUCGUAUUAUUUUUGAAAAGUUUAAAUUAUCAAUUAUUUUCGGACCUACAAUUGGCUUAUAUACAACUAAACACGAAAUCAAUGAUUUGGAGGUGAUAAUACAUCCUAUAUUUGGUCCAAUUUUUGCUUUAGAUGAAUUAAUUAUAUAUAUAUCCUCUAAUAAUAUAAAUAGCCAAAAAGUAUAUAUGAAGUUUAUGAAUUUAUCCAGAAGUAUGAUAUAUCCAAAUUUAUUGUCUCAAAUACAGAUUGAUCCACCUUUUAGUUCAAAAAUCACUCAUUUAACCAAGAACUCCAAAUAUGUAGUACCUCAAUGGAUUUAUAAGGAGUUGAUCACUAAUAUCAGUGAUUCAUUUGCUCAGUUACAUAUUAGUAACUUAGUUGCAAUUUAUUUAAAUAAUUUGCAAAAUAUCAAAAUACUUUGGAUGGAAACAUGGAUUUUGAAGUCUUAUAAAGAAUAUUCAAUAGGUUUUCUUCCGAUUAAUGGUAAAAAUAUACAAGAUUCCAAGAAAUCUACCAAUUAUUCAUAUCAAGCUUUCGUACUACUUUCAUACCUAUCCAGUAUAUUAAUGAAUAACAAAACAACAAUUUCAAGUUUAGCUAUUUCUCCAGGAUUUAAUUCAUGCCUAGCAGCCACUUUUAUGGAUAUCUUCUGUACUGAAGGUUAUAACAAGUAUUGGUCCUUGCUACUCCUAGGUUCAUCAUAUGAUUAUUUGUUACCUCAUCUAUUAUAUACAGCGUUACCUUUAUUUGUGCAGAAACCAUUGCUACCUUCCAUAAUAGAAUGGUGUCAUUUCAUGCCAAAUAUUUUUUCUUAUGAUAAGCUAAUAGCUCAAUUGGCACCUUUUAUAAUAUCACAUCUGAAUACAUAUAACGUACCAUACACUAUACUUUGUAACCUAUCUGCAAACAAUAUAAACUUUUUUGAAUACUUAAUAAGUACUUACUAUUCACAAGUCCUUCAAAAAAGUAGUGAUGAAAUUCUAUUUUUCCCCCAGUCACUUAUCUGUAUAUGUACAAUUGCAUUACUUUGGGGUAUUACAUGCCCACACCAUUAUUUCUGGAUUUUAUAUGAUACAGAGGAAAAUUCGACGGGGUUUAACCAAAUCCUUAAAUUUUUUAUUGAAGACGAAGGUAUAGCUUUUAGGAUUGAAGAUAACUUCAUCUUUAAUAAACAAUAUUUGUGGUUAACUGAAAAGAUAGAGUUAUUAAUCUGCAAUAAAUUUACUAGUAAAACUUGUGAAAGCCCAAGUUUAAAAAAAAAAAAAUUAGAUAAAUGUGACAGCAGUGUUAUAUCUGGUUAUUCAACUAAUAAUCAUUCUACUUUUAAAGUAGACAAAUUUUUGUACGAAAAUUUCAUGUGGAUUUUAGAAUAUUAUAGCAAAAGUAUCUUCAAUGACAAAUCAUUUCACUCUACAAAUUCCUCCAUUCAUUUAGCAUUUCUUCCAGUGUCCUUCAUUGUAACCUCUCUUCCACUUGACAGCAAAAAUCCUAUAUAUUGGUAUCGGGUAUUAAGAUCAAUAUCCCUCCUAUUAUUUAUAUCAAAGGGGCAUAUUAAGAAAUAUGCAAUGCGCUUAUUUGAAUUUUUAAUGAAAGCUACCCAACUAACAAAUUUGCAUCCAACAUGCCUAGAAUCUUGGUAUAUCUAUAUUAAUAGUAUAACAGAUACACUAUCAUUAACAGGAUCUACAAUAAGCAAUAGUUCUAAUAUAUUUCUUCAAUUAGUACCAGCAAUUAUAGAUAUACUACUGAAGAUGCUGUUACACUUUAAUAAACUAGAAGAUUAUGGUAAAACACAUACAAUAACAUACACAAAAUCCUGUAUUAAAGAUUUAUUUUCUUAUAUACUUGAAACUAUAAACAAAAUAGACAAGAAUUUUCUUUUACUGGUACCAAUUAUUUCAGCUAAAGAAUUAUGCUGUAUACGUAGAUUAAUUAUGAAGUAUCUAGCUCUAGACUCUACUUCAGUUAUAAACCAAAGUGAUGAACAAAUUGACAUAGCUUAUGAACAGUAUCUUAUUGAUACAUUUGCAAGAAGAAUAGAUAUGGUGCUACUUUUUUUAACUCCUAAUGCACCACAUAUUACAUAUGAAAAACUUCUAGGAUCAAUUAAAGAUCUUUUGUUUUUGCAUCCAAUUGAUUCAUACUGGGUAUUGUAUAGCAAUAUAGAUAACUAUGUUUUAUUAAGAUUACACAAACUCUAUGAACAUUCUCUAAGGAUUAUAUCUACUACAGGUAGUGAUUCUUUGAGUAUACUUCAACGUGAAGGUUUUAACAAUGGCCAAUCUAUAAAAGAAGUAAUUAAUACUGACGAAUUAAAUAGAUACAAUAUAUUCCAAAUGUCCAGUCAAAAGGAGAAUCUAACAUUUGUAUAUAGCACUUUACCAAGAAAAAUAUCAUAUAGUAUAGAGAAGAGUAUGAUGUUUUUAAGAAAUAUAGCUGCAAUAUUAAUAGGGACUAUCGGAGCUAUUGGUGGGGAGUUCCAUUUACAAAAUUAUAUCAAUAACACAUUCCAAGAUAAAACAGUAUCACAAACUCUAUUAAAUUCUGCAACAGAACCAAAUGAAUAUAAUAAUAUACCUAUUAUGCUAAAAACUUCAAUUUUUGUACAUGAUAUAUAUAAGUUAACAAUAUCCCUACUACAGGACUAUCUUAUUACAUAUGCUCAUUGGAAUGUGGCAGCAUAUGCUAUUCAAGAAUCAUUAAAAUAUAUAGGCUGCCACUAUAAAUCUAAUAAAACUGAUUCCCCAAAUACUGACACUUGGAAUAAAUUUAGGCCUGAAAUACAAGAACUUCUUGAACCUUAUAGGACUACUGAGUAUAGGAUUUUAGAGGGUACUAAGGACCACAUUCUUUCUCAACUUCGUUCUAUAAAUAGCAAUAAAAUUGAGAAUGUAUAUGAGUUUUAUUUUUGGUGUAUUGAUAAAAUUAAUGAAGCAACUAGCUAUAGAAAUGAAAACUAUGUAAUAAAUAACACAGAAGUACCAAAAUCUAUUAAAUCUAUAAGUAUAUUACUUGAGGGUUGUAGACUGGCUGCAUUAGGUAUACCUUCUGUGUUUAACUAUAUCCUACCAAUUGUUAUAGAAUGUAUCAUACUACUAUGCCCUCAUAGUGAUAUACGUAUGUUAAAAGAAAAGCUUUGCUCAUUAGUUAUUUCGGGGCUACAGUACAAUGUAAAGGAAAUACAAACUUUUGACAAGAAAUCUACCACACAAAAAAGUCGAAAUAUCUCUUGUCCACUUAUACACAGUGUGACAUAUGAGUCAAUAUUUAUUGUUAUAACGAAUCUUAUGGAAUUGUAUGAAUACUUAUUACAAAGAAAAGUACCUAAUACUUUAUCAUGGUUUAGUGAAUCUUUACUAGAGCCAUACUUACAAAAUUUAUACAAUAGUGAAUUAGAUAAAAGACAUCACUACCCCAAAAAAUCUUCUUUAUCUAAGGAUAAUGAAAAAUUUAGGAAAAGUAACGAAACUAGUGAACAAAUGAAGGGAGUAUCAAUACCAAGCAAUAUCACGCUAUCAUUAUUAGCAGAAGCUACAAAUUUUAAAGGUCAGAAACAUACAGAUGAAAUAACAAAUAGUGCAAAUAAACAAUUGCCUGGCCAAGAUAUAUCUGAACCUGAGUAUAAUGAAUGUGAAAUAAGUAGAUAUAUAUUUGAAGAGGUGAAAGAUAAGGAGAACUUUGAUGAGCGAAUAACUAAUAGUGCAAAUUCUGAAAUAAAAAAUAUUAGAAGACGUCCUGCAUCUAAUAUAGGUGAUAGAUUCUUGUCUUCUCUGUCUAACCGUCCAAUUAUCCCUUUAUUAGCGAAUUUACAGUUUUUAAUAGAUGUCCCAAUAAGUAUACUGGCUCAAGCAGCACUGAGCUGCGGUGCAUAUACAAGAGCACUACUACUCAUAGAACGUUCUCUACUUAUGGGACAGACAAUAUCAGAGACUAUUUAUAGGAGAAAGAGUCGUAGAAUCAACAACUCUAAAGGCUCUCGCUUGAUGAACCAAUUUGGUCUAAAUAUGGAAUAUGCAGGUAAUGCUAUCGAUUAUUUAGGGACCCAUAAUUUUCCAAAUAUACAGUUUGAUCCUUUGAAUCCACUGGGCUUUUACUCUGCUUGCUUUAACUACUUCAAUGAGUUAGAUUCACUCACUCCUGAUUAUCAAAAUAGCGCUUCUAAUCAUAUACUGUAUUUGUUAUUUAGAUGUUAUUUUGGUGUGAAUGAUAUUGAUAAUCUACUAGGUAUUAUGAAACUUAAUGAAGAUAUACAUAAUGGACUUUCAAGCUCCAUGGGGAAAGAUUUAGUGCAAGCUCUUCUUAAAAAAGAUUAUCUAAGGGGAUCUACAAUUUAUGAGCAUAUUUUGACGGAAAAUAGGACACCAAAAUUUAAUCAUAUCUUCAUUUACAAGAGCUACUUCCGAUGUCUACUAAAUGCUGGGUUACCUCAAAUUGUUUUAAAUAGUGUUCUUUUCAGCAAAAAAUUAAAGAAUAUAGAAGCUCUUACCACAACAAAUUCAAUAGAAACUGAAAGAUCCUUAGAAAAUCAAGUAACGCAUAUAUCCGAAUCAAACAGCGAAUUCCAUUCCAGUAUGACUACAGUCAUUAAUAAUAGCAGCUUGAAUAUAUAUAUAUCUGAGGCCCUAGAGGCAUGUUACAUGCUUGGGGAUUGGAGUAGAUUAGAAUAUUUCUUAUCAAAUACACCAGAAAGUGAUUUUUACUUAAUGCCUUUUGAAAGAGAUGCACAAUCAGAUCAACUAUUUAUGGAUCUCUUUAUACCAACCAAUUUAGAUAGAAUAUUUCAGAAAUUUGAUGUAUAUAGAGGGAAGUUACUUCUACAUCUACACUAUCUUCAAAGAGAGGAGAUAACUAAUAAGUUAAUUCCUGAAAUAAAGAGGAUAAAGAUAGAAAAGUCGUUUCACUCAAAUUUGGAGAAGGCAAGAAAUUUAGUCUAUACACAACUUAGUACAGCAUGGAAGGAUUCUUAUUUUAGAUCAUUCCCUUUUCUUGAGAAAUUGCAUAUUCUUAUGGAUAUUGAAUUUAUAUUUAUUUUUUUAACUAAUUCUACAAAUUUUAAUUCUAAAUUGAAUUCUUCAACCGAGAAAUUGAGUUCAAAAGAGAGCGAGGAUGAGAAGCUAACAAAUAUCAACACCCCAAAAUGGUUUAGAAUAGCUAAAUUUUUUGUUGAUCGUGUUGACAACAUACAAGGGAAAUUUGAAACCAAGUAUCGUUUACUAGCUAAUGCAAAACUUACCUUGGAAAUGGCAGGUUACAGUAUUGAAGCACUUGCAACUUUACUCGUUCUAACUAUGAGUAAAAUGUCACACUUUAACUAUUCACAGACAUACUCAAAUUUUUUAGAGUCUAUAGAUAUACAUGAGCCUGAAUAUCGUUAUAAUGUCAAUUCUAUAAAUUCAAAUACUUGUGAUACUGCAAAUGUAAGUUAUUUGAAUUCAAACAUUAGUCAAUUAUGUAUUUCAGAUAAUAGUAACAACUUUAUUCCUGGAGCAAUUCAGAUACACAAUUGUAUAACUCCAAAAUAUAUAGAAUUUUUACUUAUUGAGAAACAGAACUCCAAAAAAACUACGUGGACAUAUACUGAAAUGAACUUAAUAAGCCUGUGGGAAUCAUCUUGUGAUAAAUGUCCUUUUUUAGUAAAUUUAAAUAGAAACUUAUUAAUUUCAUACUUAAAUGAAUUAUUUAACAGGAACCAAGUUAAUACAGCUUUGUAUGUCUACAAAUUAUGUCAUAAUGCCAACUUGAAUAAACAUAUUCUAAAUAACUCUGCCUUAGCUGAAUUAGAUUUAAUAUAUCUAAGAUGGGCCAUACAAUCUUCAAUGAUAUCAUCAGAAAGUAUCAUAUCGGCAUUUUCGAAUACUAUAAAGUUCAGACCAAGCUGUGAAAGAACCUAUUUUCAGUUUGCUACAUACUUGGAUCACUACUUCCAUCUCAUUAUUUCCAACAGAGAUUCUGAUUGUACAAAUAGUACGACAUCUUUAUAUCUAGAUACACCAGCUUCUAUAUAUUGUGGUCUUGGAUCAGUAUUACAAUGUGAUGUAAUUAUUUAUCAAUGUAUUCUAAUGUAUUUGAACACCUUAAAAUAUGGGAACUCAUUCACAUACUCUUCUCUUUCAAGGAUUUUAUUUUUGAUGUUUAAUCACUCACCACUUUUAAUAAAAAGGGUCACAUAUUCCAACAGAAAUAGUUCCCAACAGCCUACCAAUCAAUCAAAGGAUCUUUUAUUAGUUAAUAAUACUGGAAAUAUAGACUCGCUUACAAAAAUAAAGAAUGAAAUAUCCCAAGUUCCAUCAGUACUGUGGUUCACAGUGCUUCCUCAGUUACUGAGUAGAUGUCAGCAUUCUAGCCUAGGAACAUGUAUUAUUCAACCAUUAAUAGCAAGAAUACUUCGACAACUACCUCACCAAGCUGCAUGGUACUUUGUUGCAAUGCUUAAAAGCAAUUGUUCCGAUCGCAAGAAUACUGCUAUAAACAUUCUUAAUUUUUCGAAGUUACUCUCUAUAGAGUUAACCUCUAAAGAAUUUUGUAACAAUGACGUAUACAUAUCAAUUAUAGAGGACUAUAUUAGUAUAUUUGAAGGUUUAACAAUCCUGGCAAUGGACAUGAGCAGUGGGAAUAGUGUUCCAACGCAAUUAAACAAGAGGAAUAAUCGAAGCUCAUCUAGUAGAAUAUCAAAUAGAAGCCUUAGUUUACGUGUUGAUUUUCAAAGUCUAUACCAUUCGAUAAGUAAUAUCAACAAAACAAAUGUAAUCAUUCCAAUUCAAAAGCAGCUCUACUUUUUUGACUCAAGUCUAAGUCAGAAUACAUCGAUGCAAUUCGCCUCAUUUCUACCUAACGUUAAACAAUUUAUUUCAACCCAAAGAAUAAAUAGCGCACCUAAUGAUAAAUGGAAGAUAUUUCAUUACAGCUCUAAUGAGUUGAUAACUAUUACUGGAAUGGAAGAUAUAAUAACUGUUUUAUCUAGUAAACAAAAACCCAAGAGAAUAGGUAUUAUUGGAAAUGAUGGGCAUAUUUACUAUUACUUAGUGAAAAGUGAAAAACGUGGAGACUUGAGAAAAGAUAUGCGUUUAAUGGAACUUGCACGUAUUGCAAACCAAAGAAUGACUAGAAAAGAUGCGGAAUUGCAUCUAAGGACAUUCUGUGUAAUUCCUCUCUCUGAAGUUGCAGGUAUUAUCGAAUGGGUACCAAAUGUUGUUACUUUAAGAAGUUUAGUAACAAAUGAAUGGAAAGAGAUCAUUGGUCCUACCAAAUUCCAUCGUCAACUACUAGAAACUCAAGAUAUAUUAAGACAAAACUCCACAAACCCUGAAAAGUUAUAUAAAAUUUUCUGCGAAGAUAUCUUACCUAGAUAUCCACCAGUCUUGCACAAUUGGUUUUUCAAACAAUUUAGUGUUACAUCAAGCUAUAAUUGGUUGCAGGCAAAGCAACUUUAUACAAAAAGUACUGCAGCAUGGUCAAUGUUUGGAUAUAUCGUAGGUUUAGGCGAUAGACAUGCUGAAAAUAUCUUGAUAGAUACCUGUAAUGGCGAAAUUAUCCAUGUAGAUUUUGACUGCUUAUUUGGCAAAGGCUUCUUACUUGAAAUUCCAGAAAUAGUGCCUUUUCGAUUGACACCGAACAUAGUAAUUGCAAUGGGUACAUGUGGUGUUGAGGGGACAUUCACAGGAUCAUGUAUCUCUGUGAUGAAUGUAUUUAGAAAUCCCUUUAAUAAAACAUUGAUUAUGACAUAUCUAGAGGCUUUUGUACAUGACCCUCUAAUUGAAUGGAUGAGACCUGGGAAAACAUCACAAAUUCUAAACUCAGAAGGUAUUAACAUAGAUCCGGCAUCAUUCGCAGCAAUAGCAAAGGGACACUCUCAUCUUAGAACUAUACACAGAAAAUUACAUGGUAUGGUUAAUUGUGUAGCAGAAUAUGUGAAGAUUGGUUCAACUAGUAAAAACUCCAGUCCCGAACAUUCUAGAAGAAGCGUACAAGAAAGAGGGUUAGGACUAUCAGUAGAAAGUCAGGUUAUUGAGCUGAUUAAUUCAGCGAAGUGUAAACAUAAUUUAGCUGUAAUGUAUGCAGGGUGGAUGCCCCAGUUAUAG